CAUAGCACGCCCACUGUCGCGUCAUCGUUACUCGCCUCCCGUCACAAGGCUAUAUAAGAAGUGUUUGGUGUACCUUUGCCCCGCGGUGGCUCUCUCUAACCUGCGAUUCCGCUGGAGAUAAUACAGAUAAGGGUGUAGUGCCUGGGAUUAUCUAAUCAGUUAUUAAAGAACGGUGUAACGGGGAGACAGCGCACCGAGAGCUCGGUGGAGAGACGAAAGGCGAGGAAGGAGCGGUUGGCCUCUAUAGCAAAUUUUAGCUGUUACUGCAAGCGGAAUGGGUUUCAUUCAAAAGGUGGUAACGUUUAUCAUUCUUCGGACUGUGUCUCUGUGUCUGUCGAUCCCCAUCAUCCUGAGGCUGGUGUAUCAGAGGUGGAAGGUUGGCAAAAGCUUUUUCUAUGUGAAACCUCGGCCUACUCCGCCGCCCAUUCUCAGCGACAAGAAGUGGGGAACGCACAGCUACGUUACGCUCAAGAGCCAGGGCAUCAAGUUGCACUACGUGGAGGCAGGGGACAGGAACAGGCCCUUAAUCCUCUGCGUUCACGGCUUCCCAGAGUGCUGGUUCUCGUGGCGAAACCAGUUACAGGAAUUCUCUAGCAAAUAUUGGGUAGUUGCAGUGGACCUCCGUGGUUAUGGCUCCUCGGACAAACCUCCUGGACGCUCGAGCUACCAAGUCGACAAUAUGAUUGAGGAUCUGAGGCAACUCGUAGGGGCUUUGGGAAAGGAGAAGUGUAUUUUAAUGGCUCAUGACUGGGGUGCGGUGCUUGCAUGGCGCCUCGUAAUCCAGUAUCCAGACCUGUUCACGGGACACAUCAGCAUGAACGGCCCGCACCCUGGAGUAUUUGGCAAACAUUUAAGAAACUCUUUCAAGCAGAUCAGAAUGUCUUGGUACAUCUACUUCUUCCAAAUGCCUUGGAUUCCCGAGCUCGUAUUUCGCGCUGAGGAUCUUGCUGUCCUGACGCAGAUGUAUCGUGGCCCGAAGAACGACGUGGAUAAAUACCCUGAUGAAGUGAUUGAGGCCUACAAGUAUUAUUUCUCUCAGGAUGGAGCUUGGACGCCUCCUAUCAACUAUUAUCGUAAUAUUGAUUUUGCUGAUGAUUCGACGAAGAUUCCGAAGGUGAAGGUGCCAACCCUCAUCGUCUGGGGCACCGAAGACAUGGCUCUUGACAGACGCCUAGCGGAUCUGGCAGCAGAGGAAUGCGUAUUCGCCCGGGUAAAGUAUGUGGAAGGAGCAACACACUGGGUUCAGCAGGACAACCCAAAAGUUGUCAACAAAUUGGUCUGGGAAUUCCUUAACUCUGAUGAAUGGAUAUCUGCAUUUUAGGGUCGUUUGGUUGGUGUUUGUUUUUAUUACGCUUCCACUCUUCGUUAGCAUGAUAGUGUACCGUUUCACAGCAUUAAGUUCCUUUUGAAUUUUGUGUAGAUUGACAUUGCUAAUGGCCUUCGACGUCUCAGGAUGUAAAAAUGAAACUGUAUAAAAAUAAGUUUUUCUUUAAAAUGUAUGUGGUAUGGCGAUUAGCUAUAUUCUAUUAUUUUGCUAUUUUUCAAUACCAAAAUUAUACAUUGCAAUUUUUUUUAUCAUUAUUUAAAUGUUAUCCUCAAAAGCAGAGUUAUACCUGCCUACUUGCUUCCUGAUCAGCUUAACUGUAUAUAGCAUACAUAAGGUGUAUCUGAUUGUAAAUAUAUAUUCUUUAUUUUUAUAUUCCCUUUUUAUAGAGAGGGGAAAUUUCCAUAGUCUGUUCAGUAAGCUUAUGCUAGCCUUUACUUAAAUGCUAUAUUGACAACUGUUAAUGUCAUAAUAGUGAAUGGUGGUAAUUAUGCUUCCCAUCUGUAAU